GCACGGUCGUGAGCAAUUGUGUUUUCCGAUAGGUCUACCUUCCUAGUAAAAACCGUGAUAUCCAUCGACUAAUCGCGCGAAAAGCAUAUUUGGUGUUUUAGGAUAGAAACGUUUCAUAAUUUGAGUGAAUGAUUUGAAUGGAAAUGUGUUCAUCGAAGAGAAAAUCAUCCUUUCGCAUUGAUGAUAUAUUGCAUCAGCAGGCGGAACAACAACAAAUGCUCUUCCAUCACCAGCAGCAGCUAGUGCAGAAUAGUGUUCUGAAACAAUUGACGGACAUGAAUUCGUCGCAGCAGACUUCUUCGACGCCAUCAUCCACCUCAACUGAAUACUAUAGCGCCGGAACAAAGUCACCUCCCAUUUCUCCCCUCUCCAUACUAACCGAUCCAGAAUCACCCAAGAAGCCAACCGCAGUAUAUCCAAAUCCUGUGGACUUUUCAAAAAAUAGCUUUCCACUACACCUGCCAUUCGGUAUACCUACGUUCAAUCCCGCAUUUAAUCCCGCCUUGAACGCUGCCUAUCUGGAACACUACGCAAAUGUAAUGCAAAAAGCCUCUCCGCGUCUUUUCCCGUUCUACCCACCGCACUAUAGCUACCUGUUGCCACCGUGUGGAUCCAAACGCAAGGGAGGUCAGGUGCGCUUUACGCCACAGCAGACGCAAAGCCUCGAGCGGAGAUUCUUGAAUCACAAAUACCUUUCACCCGAAGAUAGACGACAUUUGGCGGUACAAUUGAAACUGAGCGAUCGACAGGUUAAAACAUGGUUCCAAAAUCGUCGGGCAAAGUGGAGACGUGCGAACAAUGUAGGUCGAACGUCAGUUUCGCCAGACAACAGAGAAACAGCCCACAGCAAAACUGCAGAUCCCGCGGUAGUCACAUCAUCUGGUGGUACACGCCAUUAUCCUAAAAUCACUCAAGAUAAGCACAUUGAUUACGAAUACAAAAGCUCGGGUGACUACACAGACCAUGACAGUUCGAGUGAAGGCGAAGAUAGUAAUAGUAAUAUAUAGGACAGCAUAACAAUUACCACAGAAUUAUCUAGAU